UGUAUUUGCCGGUGAAUGCCCGGAUGAGGCAGGGUUCAGAGCUGUGUCAGCGAGUAAAGCGAUGCGGUUGCACUGGCGGCGGGAGCAACAGCAGCGGUCGUGACAGAUACAGAGCGCUGGACGGGUGAUUCUUAUCAUGGAUUGUGAAGAAAUCCCAGAGUUUUCAACUUCAGAGGAAGAAGCUGCAUACUGGAAAGAGCUUACAUUAAAAUAUAAACAAAGUUUUCAGGAGGCCCAUGAAGAGCUGGCAGAGUUUCAGGAAGGCAGCAGAGAACUGGAAGCAGAGUUAGAGGCCCAGCUGGUACAGGCUGAACAAAGAAACCGAGAUUUACAAGCAGACAACCAAAGAUUAAAACAGGAAGUGGAAACCUUAAAGGAGAAGCUUGAGCACCAGUAUGCACAAAAUUAUAAGCAAGUGUCUUUAUUGGAAGAUGACUUGAGCCAGACUCGGGCAAUUAAAGACCAACUGCAUAAAUAUGUGAGAGAGCUAGAACAAGCCAAUGAUGAUCUUGAGCGUGCUAAGAGGGCCACAAUUGUUUCUUUGGAAGACUUUGAACAAAGGCUGAAUCAAGCCAUAGAGAGAAAUGCCUUUUUAGAAAGUGAACUGGAUGACAAGGAAUCUCUGCUAGUUUCUGUGCAAAGACUGAAAGAUGAAGCCAGAGAUUUAAGACAAGAACUAGCAGUACGGGAAAGACAACAGGAAGUAACCAGGAAAUCUGCUCCUAGUUCUCCAACCCUGGAUUGUGAGAAGAUGGAUUCAGCAGUCCAAGCUUCACUGUCACUGCCAGCAACACCUGUUGGGAAAGGCUGUGAAAACAGCUUUCCCUCUCCAAAAGCUAUUCCCAAUGGCUUUGGUACCAGCCCGCUUACUCCAUCUGCCCGAAUAUCUGCUCUCAACAUUGUUGGUGAUCUUCUAAGGAAAGUGGGGGCUUUGGAAUCCAAAUUAGCUGCUUGUAGAAACUUUGCAAAGGACCAGGCAUCACGUAAAUCAUAUGUUGCAGGAAACAUAAAUAGCAGUAUGAUCAACAGCAAUGGCAUGAAAUUCUGUCAUCCAGGGCAUACAACAUUUUAUGACAAAGCGGCAGUCAAUGGCUUUGACCAAGGCCCACCAUCAGGUCUAGGAGCAUCCAGACCAUCAUCUGCACCUGGCAUGCUUCCUCUGAGCGUAUGAAUGGAUUGCAAAGCCAUGAUAGGACUUGAGUUUGGUUCUUGAAGGAAUAAGAAAAUAGCUGCUUGUGAUACUUUUCUGUUGGCACCCCCUGCUGGAGAUGAGUGGGUGUUGCAGAACCCAGAAACUGCCCAGAAAGCCAAGCACAUACAGAGCACUCCUUGUUAAUACAGUCUAUUUUCUUCUAUUUCCAUCGUGGACAUUCUUUAACAUGGUCAUCACUGAUGUCUCUCUUACGGGAUGAAGGAGUUGCACUUGCCCAAAUCACUUCCUUUUUUCCGCCUCCCCUGUUUAGGAUGUUGGCUAGCUAGGGACUGCUUUGAUGCUGGGUGUCCCACACCUUUCACAUUGUACACAAGACCCCUGCUCUUCCCCCCUUUUUAUUUUCUGCAGAAGUCAGUUCAUUUUCAAGGGAAGGUUUAGUGGAUGGCCAGUGGAUGGGUUUGGGAUGAAUUUAUAACAAGUUUCUGUGAGGGGUCUUGGUACCUAACAGCACCCUGCCAAAGAUCUGGGUUGUGCAUCAUGGAGAAUAUUUAGAUAUGGCAUCUCCCUAUGGAGCAUAAGAAAUAUAUUAUGCAGUUAUGCCAAAGUUUAUUUCUAAAAUGGAGAAAUACCCCCGGUUCAGCAAUUCCUUCCCAGUCAGCUUUAUCCUACUAAGCUGAUUUUCCCUAUUUUUAUUUCAAGAAAACUGUGGAUUGGACUUUAGCUGCUUGGUGAAAAUUGCCCAAAAGCAAAGGAGGGAGAAAGGAAUUAAAGCCAGGGUAGGCUAGGGGCACAUUGCUACUCAUAACUUGGAUUUUGCCAUCCCUUUCCUGUGUCCCCUUUGCUGCAUUAACUGUUUACAUUUGUUUUACUGUACAUAGAUUUGUAAACAUAUUUGCCUAAGAUAUUUGUAUAUAACUUGGGCUUUCUAACUUUAUUUAUUCAGAAUUCUGAGGCAUGUUUUCCCUAGGACAGUAUGUCAAAUUUAUGUGGUGACUGCCAUCCUGUGGUUUCACAAGAGAGAUGGUCCUAAAAUAAAGAUCUUUUAAUGUGGACAUA